AGUAGCUCCCAGAUCGGCAGCCUCUGCGCUCUCUGUUGAUCUCCCAGGUGCCCUUAAUCGGAUGUGGCAUUGGGAAAGGCAAGGAUAAGCUCGGUACCGCCGUUGGUUUCCUUCCUGCUCUUCUUCGCACUUAGUGCUGGUCUGUCGGAGGAGGGGGAUUCCACCCGGAAGGAAGCGUGCCUCUUUUGGGAAGUCCGAAGAGCCCCCUUCAUGGGACCGGCUGGCCUUCUUUCUCGUAUCCUUCUCACUGGCCUCCUUUCCUCCAGUCUUGGGACCUUUCACGCCACUCCAUGCUGCCGCUCCUCACCCUUUUGGGCAGUCUGCUCAUACCGCCGGUGUGGACCUAGCCUGGGAUAACUCUUGGCCUGGACAGGGUUGGGGGGAGCCAUGGGCAGCUCGGCCUCGUCGCUGGCGGCCGAGACGGAGUCGGACCACGGUUUCACUGGCCCAAACUACCCAGGGCACCUGGCUGCCAGUUGGUAUAGGAGCAGCCACAGUGGCCCUGUUUGGGAAAGUGCCCUUAUCACACGGCAGCACCCGCAGCACGUGAUGCCCCGGGCACGAAGCCACACUCAUUCUGGUUCUAUGGCCGCUGUGCGGGAAUGGUCCUGUACCCGCUGCACGUUCCUGAACCCCGUGGGACAGCGCCAGUGCUCCAUCUGCGAGGCCCCUCGCCAGAAGCCCGACCUCAACCACAUCCUUCGCCUCAGUGUGGAGGAACAGAAAUGGGCCUGUGCCCGCUGCACUUUCCGGAACUUUUUGGGGAAAGAGGCCUGUGAGGUGUGUGGUUUCACCCCGGAGCCAGGCCCCGGAGGCUCUCCACUGCCGAUCAUCAACGGAGUCCUGCCCAAGCCGGCGGCCCUAAUUGAGCCCAAAGGGACCUGCAAGGAGGAGGCGCCCAAGGCUGAGAGCUCCGGGGAGGAGUCGGGGGGGAAGAGCCCCGAGGAGGCUGGGAUGGAGGAGGAGGAGGAGGGCUGGGCCUGCCAGCGCUGCACCCUCCACAACACCCCCGUCGCCCAUUCUUGCUCGGCCUGCGGGGGACCCCGAAAGCUUUCACUGCCCAAGAUCCCCCCAGAGGCGCUGGUCGUCCCUGAAGUCAUUGCUCCCGCAGGCUUCCACGUCACUCCCACCGCUCCACAACCUGGAGCCAUUACAGAGACCCCCGAGAGCCACCCGGUUGUCAACCAGGGCACAGUCACGAUGGAGCAAGAGAACCAGAAGAUGCCAAGCUUUAGCCUUUUUUCCCCGGGCCUCCAAAACAACCCAGUUCCCCGCAGCCGCCGCGAGGUGCCUCCCCAGCUGCAGCCGCCGGUGCCUGACGCCUCCCAGCCGGCCUCCCCACCUGCCCCAGUGCAGAAGGCCAUCCGCUUCCAGGAGCUGAUGGUCAACAAGCGGCUGAGCGCGCUGGAGGAGGAGAUGGAGGUGAGCCCAUCGCCCUGGAAGUGCAGCGCCUGUUCCUUGCUCAAUACCUCAGGCGCCGGGCUGUGCGAGGCCUGCAGCACCCAGAAGGGCAGCGACACCAUCGAUCUGACGGGCGACUCAGUGCGCUUCACCCCCUGUGGCCCCUCCAGCCCUGACUUCACCACCUGGUCCUGUUCCAAGUGCACGCUGAAGAACCCCACAGCCUCCCAGAAGUGCAAGGCCUGUGGCUCCUCCAAGCUGCAUGGCUUUCAGGAGCAUGGCAGCCUCCCGGGUGAGCUGCCUGUGAAGUGCUCCGAGUGCGGGUCAGACAAGGGCCCGUCCUGCAUGGCCUGCACUUCCAAAGCCCCCUCGGCCCGCAAGGUGGCCCGCCUCUUCCCCUUGCAGCCCCCAGCCACUCCGGAGCGGCCAGCCCAGUGGCCCUGCCCUGCCUGCACCCUGCUCAACGAGCUCAAGGCCAAGCACUGCGUGGCCUGCCACACUCCGCAGGGGUACAUGGCGCAGCGCAAGGGCGCCAAGCCACUCCGGCGCCGUGAGAGCAUGCAUGCGGAGAAGCGGCGGCAGACAGACGAAGGGGAGGCCAAAGCCCUCUGGGAAAACAUUGUCUCCUUCUGUCAAGAGAACAAGGUUAACUUUGUGGAUGACAGUUUCCCUCCGGGACCCAAGUCGGUAGGCUUCCCAGAGGGGGACAGUGUCCAGCAGCGAGUGAAGCAAUGGCUGAGACCGCAAGAGAUCAACUGCAGCAUCUUCAAGGACCGUUCAGUCAAGUGGUCGGUGUUCCGGACCCCGAGGCCCUCAGAUAUCUUGCAGGGACUGCUGGGGAAUUGCUGGUUCCUGAGUGCUCUGGCUGUGCUGGCGGAACGGCCAGAGUUGGUGGAGCGAGUCAUGAUCACGCGGACGAUUUGCCCUGAGGGGGCCUACCAGGUGCGGCUUUGCAAGGACGGCACCUGGACCACCGUACUGGUGGACGACAUGCUUCCCUGCGAUGAGUUUGGCUACCUCCUCUUCUCUCAGGCCCAGAGGAAGCAGCUGUGGGUGGCCCUGAUCGAGAAGGCCCUGGCCAAGCUCCACGGCUCAUACUUUGCUCUCCAGGCAGGGCGCGCCAUUGAAGGCCUGGCCACACUCACGGGCGCCCCUUGCGAGAGCCUGAUGCUGCAGGUCAGCUCCACUAACCCUCGCGAGGAGCCCAUUGACACUGACCUCAUCUGGGCCAAAAUGCUGAGUUCUAAGGAGGCUGGUUUCCUAAUGGGCGCGUCCUGCGGAGGGGGCAACAUGAAGGUAGACGACGCAGCCUAUGAAAGCAUGGGCCUUCGACCAAGGCAUGCAUACUCCAUAUUGGAUGUACGAGAUGUGCAAGGAUGCAGGCUGCUCCGGCUCCGUAACCCAUGGGGUCGCUUCUCUUGGAAUGGCAGCUGGUCUGAUGAGUGGUCCCACUGGCCGACACCCUUGAGGCAUGAACUGAUGCCCCACGGGAGCAGCGAGGGGGUCUUUUGGAUGGAGUACAGUGACUUUAUCAGGUAUUUUGACUCAGUAGACAUCUGUAAGCUCCACUCAGACUGGCACGAGGUGCGUGUGCAAGGCACUUUCCCAAACAAGGCCAGUGGUCCCAUCACAGUGACCUCGCUGACGGUGCUGGAGCGUGCCACCUUGGAGUUUGCCCUCUUCCAGGAAGGCAGCAGGCGCUCGGACACAGUGGACAGCCACUUGCUGGACCUUUGCAUCAUGGUAUUCCGUGCCACCUUCAUCAAUGGCAGCAAGCUCAGCCUGGGGCGCCUCAUGGCACACAGCAAGCGAGCGGUCAAGAAGUUUGUCAACUGCGAUGUUAUGCUGGAACCAGGAGAGUAUGCUGUGGUGUGCUGUGCCUUCAACCACUGGACCGCAGCAGUGACCGGCAGCUCCUCCGGCCAAGUCUCCAGUCCUACCACCGGCAAUGCAAGCCCAGCUAUGGAAGUUUCCAGCUACAUCUUGGCCAUCUACAGCUCCCGCUUGGUGAUGGUGGAGCAGAUCGAGGCUCAGUCUACCACUCUAGCUGACGCCAUCAUCCUUCUCACAGAGAACAAGGGCGAGAGGCACGAGGGGCGCGAAGGCAUGACCUGCUACUACCUGACGCACGGCUGGGCUGGCCUCAUCGUUGUGGUGGAGAACCGGCACCCAAAGUCCUACCUGCACGUUCAGUGCGACUGCACAGACAGCUUCAACGUAGUGUCAACACGGGGGAGCCUCAAGACUCAGGACAGUGUGCCACCACUACACAGGCAAGUCCUUGUGAUUUUGUCCCAGCUGGAAGGCAACGCCGGCUUCUCCAUCACCCACCGCCUGGCCCACCGCAAAGCCACCCAGGCAUUUCUAAACGACUGGAUGUCAACAAAGGGGACGCACAACCCACCGCUCACCCCGGAGGUGGCCGGACUGCAUGGGCCCCGGCCGCUAUGACAAACAGCCCCACUGCCUGCCCCUCCGCUCUUCUGCUUCUGCCUUUUCUCCGGACCCCUCUGCCUCGGGCAAUGCCCAGGACGCCACUACUGAGCCGUCGGGACGGAGGAGGAGGAUGGGCGGGCAGGCGGAGCGCCUCCAGCCAAGCGCCUUGCCUUCCCUCCCGUCCUGUCCCGUCCCGUCCUCUGGGGCCAAGCAGGGAGCUGCUCAGGUUCCCUCUCCCUUGCAGCCCCCCUCCUCUCCCCUCCCUUUCCCCCACAGAUGAUGCACUUUAUCCAGAGCUGCUGUCCGAAUAGGAGAACAAGGGAAUUUUGCGGCCAGGAGGAGGAGGAGGAGAGGUCCGGGCUCUGGCAAGCAAGGAAAAGAAAGGGCCUUGGCCGCCCUUGGCUCCUGGACCUGGCCCUUCCCACAGCCGCCAAAAACCCCAAGGCUGCAACAAUAUACCUCUGGCCAACGUGUCUGUCUGUGUGUCUCUGCCUCACCUCACCAUUACAUGUCCCAGCUGAAUGCUGCAGUGGAAGGUGCUGCUGGGGCAAGGUGUAUGUUGAUAUGUUGCCCCCCAUCCCCAUCCCCUCGCGACUGGUAUGACAAUUGGCAGGCGGAGGGAUGCAGAUGGGCAGGACGGGGUGGGAACAUUAAUUGGUGGGGGGGGGGGUAGCAAAGCGUCAUACAUUUUGACCGUUCUUGCUGGGCAAGUCACAGGCAAGCCUUAGGGUGCAAGCCAUUUUGCAGCAGUCAAGGGGGGAAAAGAUGUGUGGGCUGGUCAUUUGUUGUUUCCGCCAUUGUAAUUGUUUUUUUGUCCUCCUUGGCGAGGCAGGUCAAAGCAUGAGCCAUGAAGGGGACCUGCCACUGUUGACCGCAUGGAACUGGGAAACAGCCUUUCUUUGCCUGCCUCCUUCACUUUAGUUCCUGUCUGUGCAUCCCUCUAAAACACAGCCACUCUGAGUCGUGCAGAGGAACAAACAGCAACAUAAAUCAGAGACGUAGGAGCUGCAGGCCAUUUUCCCAGCACUAUCCUCUGCUUCUCACUGAACACCAUUUGCCUGCAGGUCUUUACCUGGGAAGGUCAGCAGGAGGUGUGGAAGGAGAUGGGACCGGGAGCAUGCGAAGAGGAUUAGCCUCUGCUGGGUCCUUUGAAAGGGCUAGGAAGUGUGGUUUCACAGGCGACCCUUGCGCUGGUAUGGGCACACUUCCCAUGUCCCUUCUGGCCUUUUGCAGCCAGAAGGGAGAAAAGUCAGGACUCAGCGGUGGAGCUGGAAGAGAAUGGUUGACCCUCUCUUGGUGCCUUGGCCACUUGGCGAUAAGAGGAAAGCUCCAGGUGGCUGCAGGACUGUGUAUAUGGUUUAAUCCAGGCCUCUUCAACCUGUGGAUUUCAGCUUCCAGAAUUGCUGACCAUUGAGCCAGCUGGCCAGGGCUUUUGGGAGUUGGAGGUCUGCAUGCUGAAGAGGCCUGGUCCAUCAGUGGGGCCCUUUGGGUUCACCACUGCUCAGCUUUGCAGUUCAAACCUCAGCCUCCAACAAAGCAAAUGUUCUAAGUAACUGUUUGAACUACAACUCUUGGAACCUUGCAAGGGGGUCCUGCAAAAGUCUGAACGUGGAAUGCUCUCAAGAAGGUCUGUGCUGGGGAGUGGGUUGUGAGUUAAGCCAAUACGUAGACUGGAUCCAUACUGCCAUAUCAUCCAGAUUAUCAAAUUAAAUGAUACAGAUUAUCUGCUUUGAACUGGAUUAUAUGAAUCUUCACUGCCAUAUAAUCCAGUCCAAAGCAGAAUUUCAUAUGGCAGUGUCAAUGGGGCCAUAGUGGAACAUCUUCAACAUGGGAGGCCAGUCUCUAGUCUCAUCUGAAGCUGCUUAACUUGCUCAAACUUUGCUUUAAACAGCACUGAACUAUAUAAUGUAGGAAUGGGCACAGUCCAUGUUUUCCCCAGACCCAGAGCAAGGCUGAGCACAAUGGGUAUUGGUGGCACCAGAACUCAAUAACAGGGUAUCAGGGACAGGGUUUGUAAUCCGCGCCAUGAGCUCAGGCACAGGGAUAUCAGGGAUGGCAUAUUCCUGCCAACUUUGUGGGUUCGGGCACAGGGUUGGAGAAGUGGUGCCUGGGAAACGUAUCGUCGAUAGGACCUCCCCCACCCCCUAAUGUGUGCUCAAGCCAUGCAUCCACGUAAAGCAGCCUUGGCACUCAUAUGGUCCAUCGAGAAGCUGGCACGUCCGAAGCCCUGCCCACUCCAUGGGGUGCCUAUUGGCUGCGUAGUGUCCAGUGGGAAGUGGGAAAGCAGAAGGCAGCAUUGGUAUUUGCACAGUGAUUUGAAGCAUCAAUCUGGGGACUAUUCAGGGGAGGUACUAUUGGCUUAACCUGCUUCCAGGUUAGAGUUUGGAAAAGUACCCUUUGGCUCCAAAAGCGCAACACAGAAAGGUCCUUUUCUAAAGUUCAGGGCCACCCUUUGCACUUCCAUGUCCUAAUGUCCGAGAUGUUGCCAGGCCCACCACUGGUGUCCCUUGUGAUGGAGGCUUCAGCUUCUUUGUAGCUUCAAGCAGAUAAGAGGGAAGAAAUGAGCCCCAGUUGCAGAUUCCUGCUGACAAGGGGAUUCUGGGAGGUGUCCUCCAUAAAACAUGGUUUUCUGACUCCUUGGUAUGAAGAGGAACUGUCUUUUCCUCCCUGCUUUCAGCCAGUGUCCCUUCUGAGAAGGACCGCCCCUCUCACGCUCCCGUAUUGGGACGAGGGCCUUGUAUUUUAAUGGCACUGCGGCAGACAAUAGUCAACAGGAAAGCCUGGAUCCAAUCACAGAGGUACAGUAACUGCCCUCUCACCAGCUUCUGCCUUCCAUGUGGUUACUCAAAACACAAGGGCCAAGCCAGAAGGAGCAGGCAACCCUACUUUCAAGCCAUUUGCACUAAUUCCUUCCUGCUGUGACUCCUGGGAAACGUAGUUUACUGGGAGGCUUGUGGCAGGGAACCACGGGUCGGCAGGGUUUGUGUGUCACUUUGGAGGAGCCGUUUCCCCAAAGCAUUGACUCCAUUUCUGAUGUCGGGGAAGCAGGAGAAAAAACAGCAGACAUCGGAAUCGGCCAAUUCCUGCAGCCCUUCAUUCCAUGGGUUGUGCAGAAAGUUGCUCAAAACUCAAGCGAUUGUGUCAUGACUGUGCUGCUUGAGCAGCAGCCUAUAAGACAUUGUGGACUGAAAUAAGUUCAACUCUUGUCUUGUCCAAAAGGGCCAACUGCAGCAGUUGAUGCUGGUAUCAAACCGAUGUGUGUGCAAUGCAAGCAUCCCCUUGGUCUGAGGAUGCAGGUGCCGGUCAGUCUUGGUGUGGAGGUGGUGGCAUUGGGUCCCUGGAGAAGGCCAUGGUCUCCUUGUCCGAGGGCUAUACUGGCACUGCUGCAGCUACAGGUCGAUGGGGUAGCCAUGCCAACCUGUCCCAUGCGAAUGCAAGCUCCAACGUGUUCGUCCCAUGCCAUUUCAGCCAGUCAUGCAGCAACAGUCAUGAAGUUGAGUGUUUCCUCAUUUCUGUUUGUACCCAUCACCUCCAAACCAGUGUUCCUGGCACUGCCACUCCAGGCCAGGGAGUGGGUGGACUUCUUCCUUCUUUUUUGUAUUCAUUUUUGAUCUGUCCAAAAUGUCUCCUGUCUUUUUUCCAACUUUUUUUUUGUUGACUUUCAUUUUUUCAUGCGGUUCAUUCUCUUUCUGUCUCUCCGAGCUGUGAAUAAUUUUUAACCAUGUAAAUAUUGUCCAGCUCUUAAGGAAAACAUAGGAUAUUUUAUCAACUGUAAAUCAAAUCUGUAAUCAAGUCCCUGUAUAAAUAUGAAUUAUCCCAUGGGUGGUUUUCAAACUCAGGUUCCAAAGGACCAAAUAAUAAUAAAAGUUUUGUUUUGUA